CCGUGCCAGCACCGGAGCCGCAGGGACAGCCGCAACCCGGGGCAGGCUGCUGGCCCCGGCACAGCCAUGAGCCUGGAGCCCCACAAACCGGAGAUCAAGUCGGCCACCAGGGUGACCGGGGGACCCGCCACCCCCCGGAAAGGACCACCGAAAUUCAAGCAGAGGCAGACGAGGCAGUUCAAGAGCAAGCCACCCAAGAAGGGGGUGCAGGGGUUCGGCGAUGACAUCCCGGGCAUGGAAGGGCUGGGAACAGAUAUCACCGUGAUCUGCCCUUGGGAAGCCUUCAGCCACCUGGAGCUGCACGAGCUGGCUCAGUACGGCAUCAUCUAGGCCGGCCACGGCCACCGCAGCCCACCUGCCCCGUAGCACGGCUUGUUUAGGAGCUGCCCCCUUUGCGUAGCAGGGCACAGCCUGGAAAAAUACUCAUUAAAAGCCGAAAUGAG